ACUUGCGUCCCAGAUCCAUUGCUGAUGGCCCUGCGGCCCGACAGCGGCCCCCGCGAGGGCCGCAGUCGAGGAGAACCGCCGCGGUGGCCAAAAUCUCAGAUCGUCGGAGAUCCCGCCGUUGGCGGCGACAACGCCCACCAAACGGAGAACGCCGCGCCCAUGCUUUGAGAACCCCCGUGUCGCGCCCCCCGGUUCCAGUGUCGAAGACGGGCGUGUCUGCGGGUCUGAGCUAUGGGCGCUCAUAUCACGCCGACGAGGGCACUCCCACACCGGCCGCGGAGGCGAACUUGCAACGUGGGGGCCCGAGGGUGGCCCCGUCGACGCAGCGUUGGCUGGGCGUUGCGAAGUGCGCCAGCGGCGGCCUGCGAGCACCUGGCCGGCGCCCUCCCGCGGAGGGCUCGCCGCCCAGGGCCCCGUCGCCGGCCGAGCCGCGCGGGAGCACCCGGCGGCCGCUGCGCGACCGGCAGGAGCCCGACGGCGGGGGCCGCGGGGGCUGGGACUUCACGACCUCCGACAUGUCCAGGUACCGGCUCAAGCCCGCCCAGCAGCUGCAGAGGCAGGUGCUCCGGAUCUCCAGGAACCACGACGAGGCCGCGGCGGAGGUCGCGGAGAAGAUCCGCAGCAUGCAGGAGAACAUCGCGCCCUUCGUGCACGAGCUCCACGAGCGCGGCUGGGCCGCCGACGCGGCCCCGCCGAGCCGGAUGACGCCCUGCUUCGCGUCCAGGGUGCCCACUGGGCGCCUGCCGGGGGGCGCGGCCGGCGGGCUGCUGGACGCGCACGGCGGCGCCCUGUCCCCGGGGUGGCCCGCGGAGGCGCCCCGCGAGCCGAGGGGCGCCGGGGCCUCCGGUGCCCCGAGGGGCGGCUCGGCCGAGCCCGAGCUCGGCGUGGCGCUGGCGCGCCCGGGCCCCGCGGCGUGCUCGGCCGAAGGCGCGCCGCGGUACAAGUUCCUCCGCCGCGCGCGCUGCGAUCGCCAGGCGUUCGCUGAGCCCUCGCGGCUCUACCAGCCCGCCCCCGCGCCUCACGCAGCGCUGGGCUCAGCGCCCGGUGCCGAGGCUGCGGAGGAACACCCCUGCUGGCGGGCCCCGGACCUCGAGCUCAGCAGGAUCGAGGACGAGGCCGCAGACCUGGUCGCCCAGCUCGCGUGGUGGCGGCGGCAGCGGGAGCCCGACGAGGCGGGCGGCCCGGGCACCACCGGCGACGCAGCAGAGGCGCCCGCCGAGGAGGAGGAGGGCGAGGAGCUGGCGUCGCGCAGCGAGUGGCUGCGGCUGCCCUCCGACGGCGUCGCCGCGGCCACCGUGCCGGCGCCGGAGGAGGAGGGCGGCGCCGCUCCCCGGCCGGCGUGGCAGCUGGAGGCC